UUCAGCAUCAACGGCCCUCCGUCCGCCUUCGACGACAUGCCCCCGCUUGUUUCCGCUGAUGGUCCGGAGAUGCGCGAAGCUAAUUCGAACGGCCAUCUCGGUGCGGGCGCCAAGCCCAAGAAUGUCUCGAAGCGCGACGCGUCCUACAUCCCGCGCCCGCCCAACGCAUUCAUCCUCUUCCGCUCUUCGUUCAUCAAGAGCCAGCAGGUUCCGGAGAAGGUCGAGGGGAAUCAUAGUACUCUUUCUAAAAUCAUUGGGAAAUACUGGAAGACGCUCUCAAAGGAGGAGCGCGAGGUCUGGGAGGCCAAGGCUGUCAACGCCCAGGUCGAACACAGGCAGCGAUACCCGGACUGGCGCUUCAGACCCGGUUCCAACGCGCUCGCAAAGCUCAAGAUCAAGGAUGGAGGAGUCGCGUUCAAUGGAGGCAUAGGAGCUGUGGGAGGGAUAGGAAGUCGAGGUGGAGGCGGGACUGGCGCAAAAGGUCGAAACAAGAACGGGUCUGGAGGAGGGGGAGGCGCAAAGGGAGUCGGGAAAAAGGCAAGGGGGAAGAGCGACGCGGGCGUGACGAAAAAGAAACACAAGCUCAAGGACGAGCGAUGUGCCAAGAUUGCGGAUCUGCUGAUGGAGGGCAAGACCGGGGUCGAUCUUGCGGAUGCGAUGAAGAAGUGGGAAGAUGGCGGCAGGCUCGCUGCUGAUGAAGACCAUGGCGUUAUCAACCCCUCCAACAAUUCUGUCGUUCCUCCGCCCACCGUCAUUGCCAGCACGACUCAUCUCCAAGGUCCAGCUUGCGAAGGUACCCUGCAGGACGCAUUCGGGGGAGCCGCACAUGGAUCGGGCGGCGCCGGGGUUGCAUCCUAUCUCCCGACACGUUGCAAGACACCCGAGGGAGCACCUGAUGCACGUUUCGACGUGCCGCUAACGUCCAUGUUUCGGCGCUCCUUCUCAGCGCCUGCAGGCAACGAUUAUAGUCAUGCACAUGCUGCCGAUGGCGGCAUCGAUGACGCUCGAGCCCACGUUGCGCCUCCCGUUGCCGGACCGACUACGCAGUCCCAUGUCCCCGUUUUCACAUUUUCUUCGGGAGGCAGUCUUGAUUGCGGGCCUAUGUCUGCGAAUGCAGCUUACCCCGCGGACAACCAUAUCAGCAACGAAUUUUACGGCGCAGGCGCCGACGAUGCCGGGGGCCAGCUUUCCCCGCUCAUGCUGCCCUCCGCUUUCGACGGGAGGCCUGCCAGGUGGAAUGACCCAUACAAUCUGCUCGAGACCUCUCUCCCCGCCAACGGAGCCGACUGCCCCGCGCUCACGUACGACUCGCUCACGAGCCCGAUCAACUCCCCGAACACGCCCAGCUACGGGGACACGUUCAGCAGCUACUCGUCCCCUGCCACGCCUCUCGACUUCAAUGACGGUACUUCCGACGAGCCGCCCACGUUCAUGCAUGCGUUCGAGUACGAUUAUUCGAUCAUGUACGGCGGCGACGGACACUGUGUCGGGCAACAGUAUCAGCCGGACCAGGUCGCCUACAAGGGAUGGGACAACUCCGUCCCGCUUCAGAAGACGCAGCCGUAUGAUGCCUAUGCGGAUGGCGGCGUCCCGGUGCUCAAUCAGCAGCACCAGUACGCGGCCGAGUCCGCGUCGCCGGCCCCUCAGCCGGCGAUCUACGAGUGGUCGCCAUUCGAGGACUCCAUGCGCUGCCACGAUAUCUAUUCCCUCGCCGACGUCUGCCAAGACGCGACGAGCAUGCAGGGGAUGAGGGGCUAUUUAUCGGCCUGACUCCGUUGGCGUAGACCGUCAAGAACAUGUUGUCUCUUUGUUCCACCUCUAACGAAAAGUGUUUAAACAAGUCAAACUCGCUAAAGCCACCUCAUAUUAUCGUCUUCUCUCUUGUCUUCUUGCUCUGGCUCUCGAUUCCCCAUCUCCACUCGGCUGUCUGUUUCCAUAUCCUCUACUGUCUCACUAUGCUGUCCCGCUUGCUCAUAUGUUUACCCCCAUCAUCUCACCCUGUAUAACCAUCAUCGCGGAACACAUCCCAUCUCAGUCGAUAUCCAUGCUCUCCAUUGUACAUAUAUGC